AUGCGUGCUGGUUCGAGGGGUUUAUUCGGUGAUGCAGAGAGGAGAUUUUCAUGGUGUUGGGCUUUGCUGGAUUCUGCGUUGGCCGAAUUCGUGGGGGAAAAGAAAGAACCAUUUCUGCCCCCGGCCGUCCAACGCGCCGUCUGCCCAAACCAGCCAGCUGGCCAGGAGAGGCUAAACAAGUUACCCAGCAUCUUCAUGACCAUCCCCAGCCCUUUCAAACUGCCCCUCUCUGCAUCUCAUCGACCGAAUUUCCCGAGUCAUCAGCCGGGCCACGGCUUUGCGCGGGGUUUGGUCUUCGGCUUGGGCUCAAGGCGCCGGGCGAACCCCAACUGCCAGGCACCUGUCCGCCUGGUUUGA